AUGUUUAAAGCACUUUUAGCGUUAUUGUCUUUAUGCCUUAUAUGUUGGGUCAUACAGUUAUUGCCAGUGAUAUCAGUUCCCUUGACUUCCCCAAGUGUUAAUAUUCAUCUAUCUCAGUAUGGUAGUUACAAAUUUGGAGUGUUUGGAAUAUGCAAUGUACUUCAGCAUGUUUGUUCAGAUCCGAAGAUAGGAUACCCGGCAACCAAUAGUAGUUUUUAUUCAAAUCUUGAUGAUCCAACUUUUGGAGAUGGGGGAGUUGUGUUACCUUCUGAUGUAAGAUAUACCAUAUCUAAACUUUUAGUAGUUCAUGUUGUGGCUUUUUGUUUUUCAUCAUUAUUACUAAUUGUUACAUUUGUACUAUGUACUGUACUUUUAAUCAAGGACGUUCAGUUUAAAGAACAGCUGCAAAAGAUUCAACUUGACGAUAAUCAAAAUUCCAAUGUCGAAGAAGAGUAUAAUUCGAGUAAUGAAGAUCAGCCGGAUUCAGGUUCAAAGAAAUCACAAUUUGAUUUGUCCCCUUACUUGAAUGUCAUGCUUGUCUUUACGUUAUUUUCGGUAUUGACUACUUUGUUAGGAUUUUUGGCAGAUAUUUUAUUGUUCACGCCUAAUUUGUCAUACGUUGGAUGGCUCCAAUUGAUUCCUAUAGUGCUGAUGGCCUUGAUAACCUCGAUGUUGUGUUUUAUCAAACGAUCAAUUUCUUCUAGGAAAUUUUUUGAAAGUGAAUAUCAAUAUGUUAAUGAUGAUAUGAGAAUGAUGAGAAAAAAUUAUGUUGAUGAGUUUUGGAAUGAUAAUGCAAGUGACGAUGGAUUUUUUGUUUACACCGAUGGAUUUUAUACCAGAAACGGAACUAAUAUUGAUCAAACACAAGUAAAUACGUCUCAACUACUAGAAUCACAUGAACAGAAUGACAAUAGAACUAGUCGAACCCAUAAUACGUCUAUAAUAGAAGAUUAUUCAAUGAGCUCAACACCUAGAGCGUCGAUUGAACUACAAGAUCUAAGACCGUCUUUGUGA